AUGGAAAGUGAUGCGAGACCGCCAGAUGAUGGCGGAGGGAAACCGCAAACUAAAAUGAAAAACAAUCAAAAUCGAUACUCAAAAAACGGACGAGGCCGUCCAAAUUCUGGCGGCAAAAGCGGUCAGAAUCAGCGAAAUCAAGCUGAAGGCGACAAUCAAGGUCGAAAUUCCAUUCAAAAUGAAGGCAGAGGUCAGAACAGAGGAAGCUUUUACAAUCGCGGAUCGCGGGGUCGAAAUUCAAGAGGAAACAAGAAUUCUCCCGCCCAGUCGAUCGGAUUCAAUGUGAAUGCUCCUGUAUUCGUCCCAGGAAGUGUCGAAAUGAGGAAUCCUCCUGCUCGUGGCGGUGGCAGAGGCCGAGGAAGAGGAAGGGGUGGCUCAAGAGCGAUAAAAAUUAUCGACCCAGAGAAAAAUGAAGAAAUCAGGAUUGGAGCAAAAUCUCCUGAUGACGGAAAGCCCCAGACUCCUCGCAAAGAAUCGAAUCGAAACCAAAAUCAAAGUAGAAAUCGAAAUAAAAGUGGGAAUCCAGCUAAUCGGCCAGCAACCAGGCAGGCGGAACAAGCAGAUAUCAACGCUCUUGCCGAUGGAGUCAGCAAGUUGAUUUCGAAAAGACACAAGACAAAAAUGAACGAAGACCAGCACGAAAUCCUCUCCCGAAAGAUUCAAAAGAACCUGUUGGAAUGCAGUAUUUGUUUGGAAAAGAUGAAGCAUUACGAAAAGGUGUGGCACUGCGGCAACUGCUACAAUCUCUUGCAUUUGAAAUGCGCUACGGAGUGGGGAAAAGCAGCACUGAAAGACAAGAGUACGUGGAGAUGUCCGUACUGCCAGAACGAAUCUCGCUUCCUUCCAAAUCGCUACUACUGCUACUGUGGACGCGAAGAGAAUCCGACAUCGAGUUACGGUGAAUUGGCGCACUCCUGCCACCAGCCCUGCGAUCGCCCUCAGAAGUGCCCUCAUCGUUGUCCUCUGGAAUGUCACCCUGGUGCUUGUCCUCCCUGUAAAGCCACCUCUUUAGCUGAGUGCUCCUGUGGCAAGACAAAAGCGCGUAUAAAAUGUGGUACUGAUCUUCGUUGCGAAGAAAUAUGUGGAAAAGAACUCGCCUGCGGCUACCACAGUUGCGGGGAAAAGUGCCAUCCAGGCUCAUGCAAGCCUUGCGAAGAAAUCGACCUGCUGGAGUGCGUCUGUGGACGAGUUGAGAAAGAGGUCCCUUGUGGCGUCGAAUACGACUGGAGUUGCGAGCAGAAAUGCGAGAAAAUGAAAGACUGCGGGAAUCACCCCUGCGAGCUUGUUUGCCAUGAGGGAGCUUGUGAAAUCUGCCCGUAUACGCCCGAAAGAGUCUCUAGUUGUCCUUGUGGCGCGAUACCGGUUUUGCGCAACUCGAGGAAAUCUUGUCUUGAUCCGAUUCCUACGUGCGAUGGAUAUUGCGAGAAAGAGCUGAUGUGCGGCCACAAAUGCCCAGAAAAGUGUCACGAAGGAAAAUGCCCCCCGUGCAAGGUCGAGUUAAAAGUCGAAUGCCGCUGCGGACGGACUGGCGAUUUACUGGUCAACUGCCACGACUAUUUCAUGGAUCCCAAAGCGGCUCAAUGUAAGCGCCCAUGUAAGAAGAAAAUGAGCUGCGGACGACACACAUGCCAGGUCUUGUGCUGUCCAGAUCGACUCGACAGCGGACCGAAUUCGCAUAUUUGCACGAAACCCUGCGGAAGAAUGCUUCAGUGCGGCACUCAUCGUUGCGAACAAGUCUGUCAUCGAGGAAACUGCCGGCGAUGCUUGGAAGUUUCCUUUGACGAGCUGACUUGCCACUGUGGCCAGCAAGUAUCAUACCCACCGAUUCAAUGUGGCCAGAAGCCGCCAGAAUGCCAAGAGAUCUGCCGAAGGGAGCACAGCUGCAACCACACCGUUCAUCACAAUUGUCAUUCUGAUGAAAGCUGCCCUCCAUGCACCGUGUUGACAGAAAAAGAAUGCAACUGUGGAAAAGAAAUACGGCGAAAUAUUCCCUGCCACUUGAACAUUGUCUCGUGUGGACGACAGUGCGGAAAAGAGCUUCCUUGUGGCCACACUUGUCCUAAGAUAUGCCAUGAUGGAGACUGUAUCACUGGCGAAAAUCAUGUUUGUCAACAGAAAUGCCAGGAAAUACGGCCAACUUGUGGUCACAUUUGCGCGAAAAAAUGCCACACUGGAGUUCCAUGCGAGCCCUUCGACUACUGCGAGGUGAAAAUUGCACUCAAGUGCGCAUGCAAAAGACGAACGCAGAACUUUCUUUGUCCAAAGAUUGAACAGAUGAAGGCUCACCAGCUAAAGAUGAUGGCGCAACAAGGUCAAGCCGUUCCUGCGGGGGAGAUGAUCUUGUCGAUUGAGUGUGAUGCUGAGUGCGAAGUUCAGAGAAUAAAGGCUAGGGACGAAUUCUUAAAAGCUAAUAAGGAACGGAACCGUCAGAUUGCCGCUGCUCUUGCGAUCGAAAAUCCGGUCAUUUCAUCAAUCCCAGAAGUUGUCUAUCCAGAGAGCGUUGUUCGAUUUGCAACGGAAAGACCCAAACUGGCAAUAACUGUCGAAACGAACCUGCGAAGGCUAGCGAAGCAAUGCGAAGAAGCACCUGGAAAGGGGAUAUUUGAGUACAACCUACCACCGAUGAAUAAGAAGGAACGAAUGUUUGUACACGAGCUCUCUGAUUUUUACAACAUCGAAUCUAAAGGUAGGGGAACGGAGCCGAAUCGCCACCUACUCCUUGUUGCUGUAAAAGGGAUGACAAUCGCCCCACCGAAUACGCUUUCAAAGAUGCUCAAAAUCUCUCCAAGCUCCUAUCAAUCUACAUGGAGUCGACCUGUCGCUAACAAGUUCUAUUAG